CCGUAUUAGCCCUGAGUGGGUUGACUCUGGUAGUAGGAAUGGCGGCUUUGAUUACUAGAGGAAGGAACCCAAAGACCCUGAAACUUUACGUCUGACGGCCCCGCAGAGGAAUUUAUCCCUGGUCAACCGCUCAAACCUCGUCUCACAGCGGUUUAAAAGGAGUUUUGGUAACUGGACAUUAAGCCAGUAAAGGAACGGGGUUUAAGCAACUCGCAGGUUAGCUUCACGUUAGUGCCGCUGACUUUGAAUCAAGGUAGCUGUUAGCUCCUACUUAGCCAGCUGUUGGCCGUUUGGCCCAACAAGUUAAAAUAAGUGAUUAACUGUAUGAAAACCGCUCCUAUUUGGACCGUGAAGUGAAGAACGCCUCUCUCGAUAAAUAUUUACUGCUGUUGACUCUUCUGGAGAGGCGACAGGAAGGGGAUUUAACGCAACUUGAAUCUUAUUCCGUCUGCUAACCUGUGCGUUAGCUGCGCUAGCUGCUAAGUUGGGAUCCCGAAGUCUCGCCCAUUUUUUGGAUCCUGCCCCAGCCAUUGGCUAAAGGGCUCAAAACCAACAGCCAACUAAGAUUGCUUUUCAGCACCUUCUGGUACUACGAUGGAAAGUCUAACGCUGAGCGAUGUCGAGCAGAAAUACUACUCGGACCUGUUCGUUUACUGCGACACAGACAACACCAAAAAAGUGGCUUCCAACGGCAGAGUUCUUGACCUUUUCCGGGCGGCCCAGCUCCCCAGCGAAGUUGUCCUGCAGAUCACAGAACUGUGUGGAGCCACUCGCCUUGGUCACUUUGGGAGGAGUCAGUUCUAUAUCGCUCUCAAGCUCAUCGCCAUCGCCCAGUCUGGGCUCCCCCUGAGGGUGGAGAGUCUGAAUUCUGUCAAAGAUCUGCCGUUGCCCAGGUUCGUGGUUGGGAAGAACGAGGCAGAUGCACGUCACGCGGCGUUGUACCAGGACCCCGACGGCCAGGGUUUAUACCCAGCGUCUGCUACUGGAGUAAUACCUCGACCACCGGGCCGGGGACAUCAAAACAAGAAAGGUCCCCCAACAUCUGCUUCACUUCCUGUCCAUGAGGUCGUCCAGCCUCUGGCCACAAGCAUAGAAUCACAGCCUGAACCUACUUCGCCUGUGGUCUCCCCUCACCAGUCGCCCCCCACCUCACCUCCCUCAUGGAGGAAACACAAGCGGCAGCACAGUGGAGGGAAUGUGGAUCGACAGCCAGUGGUUUCAACAGCUGCAGUCGCGUGGACGCAGUUCAGAGAAACACAGACGGGACCAGUGUCUGGUGAUGGCAUGUGGUCGUCCCACUCGCCACCUCCUCCCAGUCAGGAGUGUUGGGUCAGUUUCACAGCAGACACGCCACCGUCCAGUACGCUGCCCACAAUGCAUCCCUCAUCAGUCCAGGAAAGCACAACGAUACGAACGGUGGCCUCAGCAGCAACGAACAACGAGAUCCAGCGACAGUCCAGCGGCUACGAUGAUCCGUGGAAGAUCACGGAUGAGCAAAGACAGUAUUAUAUAAACCAGUUUAAAACCAUCCAGCCAGACCUCACCGGCUUUAUACCUGGUAACAAAAAAAAACAACAACAACAAAAAACACAGNNCCCCAUUUUAGAGCUGUCACAUAUUUGGGAACUUUCGGAUUUUGAUAAAGACGGUGCUUUGACCCUGGACGAGUUCUGCGCCGCCUUUCACCUGGUGGUAGCCAGGAAGAAUGGCUACGACCUCCCAGAAAAGCUGCCCGAGAGUUUGAUGCCAAAGCUGAUCGACCUGGAUGACUCAGCAGUCCCAGAGCAGAACGUUGAUGUGGGAUACUCCGGCUCUCCAGUGGAGGUCACCCCCAACAAAUCUCCCUCCAUGCCUUCACUGAACCAGGCCUGGCCCGAAAUGAACCCCAACAACGAGCAGUGGGAGACGUUUAGCGAGCGCUCCUCCAGCUCACAAACUCUGACCCAAUUUGACUCUAACAUUGCACCAGCUGACCCUGACACGGCCAUCGUUCACCCCGUUCCCAUCAGAAUGACGCCCAGUAAAAUCCACAUGCAGGAGAUGGAGCUGAAAAGAACAGGCAGCGACCACAACCAUCCCACCAGUCCUCUGCUCACGAAACCGCCAGAACUGUCUGAAGAAACCAAACUAGCAACCUCCAUGAUGUUUGUAGCCGCUAACACUGUAGGUGAUGGUUAUAGUAGUUCAGACUCCUUCACAUCAGACCAGGAGCCAAUCACAAGACAAAGGUCUCAGUCAGGUGCAUCUCCAGAGGCUUUGAAGGUGGUCGCUCCUCCUCCCCCUCCGCCUCGCCCUCACCCAUCCCACUCCCGCUCCUCCUCUCUGGACAUGAACCGCACCUUCGCCGCAGCAUCGGCCCCAGGACAACCACAAUCGGCGACGAUAGCGUUCCCUCCGGCUGUUCCACCUCGGCCUUUACCUACGCAGACAUCGGUACCACACACUGGGCAUCGCGUCGAGGCCGAGGCCGGACCAGGUGGAGGCACAGUUCUCACCACAACGUCGCCCCAGCAGAUUCCACAGCAGCCCAAUUUUGCAGACUUCAGUCAGUUCCAGGCCUUUGCUACUUCUGAGCAGCCGUCCAGUCUGCCCGAGGUGGACAAACACGCCGAAGCCGGACCGGUGGAAAAAGCUCCAGAGGGCGCCGGCCCUUUAAGAACCGUGAAGAGUGACGGUCAAGCUGACGAGAGACCCACGGCUGCGGUCAACUCUGUGAAAGGGUCGUCCGGUCCUUUAGCUCCUCCCCCGAAACCUGUGCGCCGGAGGUUGAAAUCUGAAGAUGAGCUGCGGCCAGAGGAUGAGCAGCACGGUCCACAGAAGUCCAACGUCAUAACUGCUGUUCUGUCCGCCCAGCCCUCCAUCCCCAGGUCAGUAGGAAAAGAUAAAAAGUCCAUUCAAGCUUCAAUCAGAAGAAACAAGGAGACAAACACGGUGUUGGCACGACUGAACAGUGAACUGCAGCAACAGUUGAAGGAUCUGCUUGAAGAGAGAAUAUCUCUGGAAGUCCAGCUGGAGCAGCUCAGACCUUUCUCUCAUCUCUAAAAAAACAAAAACAAAACAAAACUGUGUGAAUCCUCCCACGCCGUCCUCCCUCCAUCACCCCCGCUUUCACCCAGAGGCUCCCAGCCUGUGAUAAAACUCAGUCACAACUGUCAAUCACAAAACCCGACGGAUCCAGGUGCGCGGUCUUAACGGAGAGUGUGGAGUGAGGAGCGUGACGGGAACAGGACGAGACAGGCACUUUUUCAAUCUUUCAAAGGAGAGGUGGCGGCGAGGAGCCGGGAAACGGUUCAGAGACACGGACCAGACGCUGCAGACACCGGUGUCUGAGGACUUCACCCUCGGAGUGACUGAAGAAGAGCGGCUGAGUGUGUGUCUGUGUGUGUCUCAUGUCUGUGUAUUGGUGUACUGUUUUGUGAUUGGAGGCGAGCACCAGUGUAUUUGGCCACAGCCAAAGGAACGAGGUGACAAAUCUGAUGUUCCUGCAGAAGUAGCCCACGUUUUCAACCUAAACAUAAACGUUACAUUUUGCGAUUAUCUUAGCAUUAAGACAGGGUCGACAGACGUCUUUCCCAACUCCGGCUAAAACAUUUUAAAUUGAACCUUUGGCGAUGAUUGAGUCUAAGUAUGAGGUUUUUCCUUGGAUCAACCGAGUCACCUGCAGAAUAUUUGAGGGAUUUUGACACGUUGUUGGUAAACACACGGCCUGAAGCUGCUCGUUACCACACAGCUCCAUUCUCUCUCUACACUGAGGCCAACCAGGGAGCAUUUUCAGUUUUUUUGGGUUUUUUUUUUUUUUUUUUAACUGGUGUUUGGUGAAGGCUGUGAGACACACUGAGGCUGCCUCUGCACACAGGGCAUCUAUAUAUAUAUGUGUGUGUGUGAGAGAGAGAGAUGCCUUUAUUGGCAAAAUCAUCACGGUGAAGGCUUUUUUGUUUGUUUGUUUUCGACUCAUCCUGUGAUAUCAAUCCAGCCCACGUUCUUCUUUCUGCUGCCCUUGGAUCUUGACACAAACGUGCGCUGCUGUUCUUCUCGUGUUACACUGUUUGAUGCCAAAUGACUGAACUGUCACUCCUCUCUUUUCUCACCUCUUCUCUGACUCUGAAGAAGAACGAAGAAAAAAAAAACACAAAUGCAUUUUCCAUCUCCGGUCAUGUCCUGGUUUCUUCUUUGACUCAACAUUUCACGUCGACACGUACAGAGGUCCACAUGAAGAUUUUGGUUUGAUAUUUAUGAAGAGUUUCUCACUCAGACCCAACCCUAAACCAGGAGAACGAUCAAGGUGGUGAUGAUUUAGAAAUAAAAACAAAUUCCACAGAUUUCCACCAGGGGCACUGUUCACUAUGCAAGCAACGGGCGAUUCCAUCUCCACGCACCAACUCCUCUGGGCUGUUUGUGCUUUGAUCAGUAGCAUCUGUGUGUGUUUGUGUGUGUGUAGUUUUUUUUUUAAUUGUAAGUGAAUUAUAAAUCUUAAAA